GCUGACAACCUUCCACCUGUGUGACUGUGAGACCAGUUUACCUUGGAGGCCCAGACGCUCGCAUCAGGCCCACGAGAUGGCAAUCACGGCCCGCGCUGUGCCUCCGAGUUAAAACUGCCAGUUACUAAUACCGACAACUACGCCGCAACCAAGUGCCCGAGAGCAAGGCUGUCGGCGAACCAGGUCCCUGCUUCAAGCGCCACCAAGAUUUAACCCCAGCAAGUGUAUUCGGGGAUCACUUUGACGCCCGAGAGUACCCACGAGGCACAGCAAGUUGAAACGUAAAUAAAGGGAUGAGUCCAACAAAGAAUGCAGUCGCAAGCCAUAAAGUCACAAGCCAUCAAGCCAUUUGUAGCUUCUGACAGAAUGUUAUCGACCUCUGCAAACAUGAUUACCUUCUUUCUCUUCGCCGUAUCCUCGCUCCUGGUGCACGCUCAGCAGAAUGAACAGAUACCGCUCCAGGAAUACCAACCUGAUCUUAUCGUCACUCUAAAUCCGAGUGAUGGCAGAACCUACACAUUUGAAUCGGCGCUCGACGGAACCAGACAACUCUCCCUGAAGGCGAUUGCAGAAAUCGAGAGCUACCGAGAGAUCAACUCUCGUCCACAAAGCGCCUUGAUCAACAUCCCACUCGAUCCCAGGCAAUCAGGCGCCAUUGUGCUGGGCUCCGCAGCAACAAACAAUGUCCGUGUCCAGCAGUAUACCGAGUGGACUGACACCCUCGUUCCGGGCGAGGAUGUGCCAGCAACGUACAUUGGCGUUCGCAGGGGCGGUAUGGUGUCGAUGGACGCAUACGUCACACGUCUUGCAUUAGACACACCCUACAUCUCCAUACCAGGCGAAAUGUACGACGUUCUCAUCCAAGCAACCAACCCGACACCUCAGCAGUACGUUACGGACUACGACAGUGUUGUGGACUGCAGUCAAGUGGCAAGGUAUCCCGAUCUAGUGCUCGGUUUACAGUCGAUCGAUGAAGCCGAUGAAGAUGGUGAGAUGGUGAUCACACCAGAGCAAUACAUCUUAAGGACCGAAGAGGGACAGUGCGUUCUUUUAGUCCAGCGAGGUCGUGCAGAGAUAGUUCUAGGGUGGGCGGCGGUGAGAGGCAAGGACGUUGUGCUGGACUGGGUUAACGAGCGAACUGGCUUUGGGAGACAGAACCUGAAUCAUUCAGCGCUAUGAGUAGGUGUAUUCGCAACAUGCGAUGUAUAAUAGUUCUCUUGUACAUAUGUAUCUUAAUGGCUGUAGAUUGCAACUUUUGAGGCGGCUUCCCCGUGCUGCACGUGCUAGCUAAUCUGUACGUUCCAGUCAAGUAAGGGCAGGCCAGCAGGCCG